UCAUUUCGCGUUAGACGCUUUUUUGUUAUGUCUGCGGGUUUGUUGGUUGAAAAGUAUUUAGUUACUCAAGCAUACACCAUUUGAAGCUCGUGCGUCGUGGCUGACGGACAGUGCGGUCGUGUUGUGGAUACAAUCUCAGUAAUCCGGUUUCAAUAAGUGUUGUAAACAAAUUUUAAUCAUUUUUAAAACCAGUUCUCAUCAUCUCCAGUGUUGUGCAAAGUUCAAACAUGCAGAACGACGGCCUACCGCUGUAUCCUUCUGAUUACAACACCCAAGUGCAGAUUAAAAAGUUUAACCAGAAGAGCGAACCCAUGCCGGUAGCAGCGCAGCCGGCCGUAGAACCAAUGCCACAUGUGCCCGCGCCUUUGCUGGGGCCUGUGAACACAGCGACGACUUGCCAGUUCUGCCACGCCUCGAUCAAGACUGCGGUCAAGUACACCACUACUGCGCGCACGCACAUGGCUGCGGCUCUCUGUGGCUUAUUGUGUUGUUUGUGUUGCGUCCCGUACAGCUCUGAUUCAGCGAAGAACACCGACCAUUACUGCCCCAACUGCGAGCGAUACCUCGGCACAUACGUCAAGUAAUUACAUGCGCGAGUUACAUUCUACAUACAUUAAAAUUUAUAUUUUUUCAUUGUUACGGUUAAGAAAGAUGCCUCAAAUAUAUUAUUAAAAAUAUCUUUAUUUUAGUAAUAGAAUCAUAAGACAGAGUAAACCAAUGUUGAGAAUCUAACAGUUUGAGUUAUCCAACAAAUCUUUUAUUUAUUAAGUAAGUGGAGCUUACUCAUUGAAAUAAAAGUCAUUGGUUCUCAUUUAAUUGUAAUUUAAAUGGUAUUGUGCCAUAUUAAAAGUAAGUAUAGUAAGUUAGCUGUUCAACAGUCAAUUUCCUAUCCUUAUUUGAGGUAAAACCUACACGUAAUUAUUGUAUUUUAUAUUUUUUGAAAUUAAAUAUUUAAUGUGAA